GAUGGGCCGAAUGCAGCAACCCAUGCAAUACCCGCCGCAGGCUCUGUGGAGGCCUGGACUGCCACCACCACCAGCAGCCGGGUACAUGCAGGCAGCAGGCUAUGCGCACUCUAUGGCUCAGCCUGGCCGAUAUGGCCCCGGCAUGGGAGGACACAAUGCACCACCGGCUUCAAGACCGUCGGCAUCAGGGUCGGCGGCGCAGCGGGGCCCUGGGCGGCGUGAGAUGGACUCGCUGCUGGAGGAACUCAAAGCAAAGCAGGAGCAGAGAAAAGAGUUAACAGAAAAAAAGGAGAAUGAUGGCUCACCACAAGGAGCUUCUGAGUGUCCGCGGUGAAUGCCAACUUCAACUUUCCAGUGGUACCUCCACCAGCUGUAGGCAAACCUCCUGCUGGCGAGAGUCUGCGCCCACCCGCAGCAACGAACAGCUCUGGAGGGAGCUCCUGGGGUGCUGGUGGUGCCAGUGCCGCUGCGGACGAACUGGCUUCGUUGCUUUUUUUGCGUGAGCUGCCGCCCUCUGUAUCAGAGGAUGCAAUUUGCGCUCUCUUCUCCAGAUACGGCACGGUCACGGCGGUCGACAUUGUGCGAAGCAAGGAUGAUGGCCGCAUCCAGGGCUAUGUCAUGAUCGACAGUCGUGAGAAUGCUCAGAGAGCAAAGGACGCAUUGCAGGAUAGAGAACUGGAUGGGGUGCCUUUGUGGAUUGAGUGGUCCAAAAGCCACGUUCCGCAGGGUAUUCAAGUUGAGACUGGAGCACAAAGCAAGGACGGAAAGUCGCGAGUUGUGGUUGUAGAAAUCCCGGCAGAUGCCAAAAAGAGACGAACCAUUGACAGACUUGCAAGGUACGUGUCGCAAGAGGGCUUUAGCUUUGAAAAGCUCAUCAUGCAGCGCGAGUCUCCUGAGGGAAUGUUUGACUUCCUUUUCUACCAUGACUCACCAGAGAACAUCUACUACCGAUGGAGGACGUUUGCCUUUGCACAGCGCGACAACUUCAAGGUAUGGCGCACCCAAACUUUCCGUGUCUACGAGGGUGGCCGAUGGUGGAGACCGCCAUCAUGUGAAGCUGCAAUAGAGGCUGCUGAGAAAAAAAAGCAGUCCAAAUUUUCUUCUUCAGUAGCAGAGGAUGCAAGUGCCCAAAAUGCUGUGGUCAGCCAAACGCCAAAUCCUGCCACUGCAGUGAAGGCAGCGCGAGGCAACGCUGUGCUGCCUGCUCACUGGACGCAGGAGGAUAUCGACGAGGAGCGUGAGCGUCAGCGAUUGGAGGAGAGAGCGACGCAGGAGCGCCAGAAGCGAGACCGCAACAGGUCCAUUGCUGGAGGCAAACGCCUCAGUGAUGAAGAUUGGUCUCUUCUUGAGCAGCUCCUGCGGAACGUUUCCAGCACCAGGGCUUCAAUUAUGGAGACCAUGGUCUUUUGCUUGGACAAAAGCGAAUGGGCAAUUGAGAUUGCCGAAACAAUUACGGAGUCCCUGACCAUCGCAGAAACUGAGAUUCCACUCAAGGUGGCUAGGCUUCUAGUGGUUAGUGACAUCCUUCACAACACCACCAGCUCAAGACAAGCAGCUUGGACGUACCGCAGAGAGUUUGAAAAGUCCCUUCCUGACAUUUUCGAGCAAUUCGAAAUUGGCCUGCAACGCUCAGAGAGCAAGCUUCAGGUCGCGCAGGCCAAGGAACAGAUUGUCCGCUUGCUCAAAGCCUGGGAGGAUUGGGGUCUGUUUGCGCCGCAAUAUCUUCGUGGCCUAGAGGCUGCAGUGAUCAUCGGUGUGAGAAGACUCAGGUUGCUCUCCAGCAAGGGCGACCUGUCCCGAGAGCCUUCUUGGCUGGAACCGAAACUGGUUGACUGGAGACGGCAGCAUUUCUCCCAGUUGGAGAAGAUGUGCCGGACCCGUGGCUUGAGAUGCUCGACUGGGCACCUCGAGCCCACCAAAGCGCUAAGCCUGGAGGAAGCACGCAAAGAGUGGCUCAUAGAUCGUUUGGUCACUUACGAGCUUCUAGCCUAUGAGAAGGAACAGGCAAGACUCCAGCAAGCAAAGGAGGAUGCAGCCAACAAACUUUCCAGGCGAAAAAGCAAGUAUGCGAUGGAGGACAUCGAUGGCGAGGACUGUGGCGAUGGCUUUCCCAUGGAUGAGGCUGAGCUGGACGGCGAGCCGAUCGAUCUCUCAACUCCAGGGGACAUACACAAUGCAGUGGAGCUGGCGAAGCAAGCUCCAGAGGCAUUUGCAAGUUACCUUGGCACCGCUGGCGCUUGCGCUGUGCUUGGCGUCGUAAAUCACAGCCCCUCAGCUGAAGAGGUGCUGCGGGUCAUAAGUCCUGAGGCUGCAGACGACAAGGAGAUGCUGGAUGUCCAUCAAAGUUCAGCGAAUGAGGCUGACGAGACAGAGGCUUCCCAGACAGAAGCAAAGAGCUCUGAGGCUCACAACAAUCUGCUUCGUGACAUCGAGCUGGAGGUGAUGGAACUUCGGGCAAGUUUAGAGUUGAAGGGAGUACAUCGGGAUGCGAUCCAGGAUGCCUGCAACAAGAAGCAGAAAGAGAUGAUGAAGGAGCACCAAGCCAAACAAAGUGACGGCAAGAAGGCUGUACUUCAAAGCUGACUGUGCAACUUCCGCUCCAAGGUCUCACAAGCCAUGCGACGCAAGCAGUGGCUGGUGCGAGGC